AUGUGGCCUUUCAGUUCCAAUGUUGAGUUUGUGCCGGACAAGAACAUCGAAGACCUGACGGGGAAGGUGAUACUUGUGACAGGAGGAAAUACUGGGAUCGGGAAAGAGACGAUCUUACAGUUAGCGAAGCACAGGCCAAGAAAGCUUUUCCUGGCGGCAAGGACUCAGUCCAAGGCCCAGGAUGCUAUCGCCGAGAUCAGAUCUGCCAUCUCUCCGAAAACAGUCGACAUCGAAUACCUGCAGCUUGACCUGUCUUCCCUUGCUUCUGUCAAAGCGGCGGCUGAGCGAGUCAAGGAGCGCAGUGCAAGGCUGGAUAUCCUGAUUUUGAAUGCUGGCAUCAUGGCAGUGCCUCCUGGCAAAACAAGCGAGGGCUUCGAGAUUCAGGUCGGCACAAAUCACGUCGGCCACGCUCUCUUGACCAAGUUGCUUUUGCCGACAUUGGAGAAGACAGCUGCUGAGCAGAACCCAGAUGUGAGGAUCGUGGUCGUUGCAUCCAAUGGUUACACCUUCGCCCCCACCAUCGAUACCAUUCUCUCCACCGAGAAAUUAUGUGAGACAGGUCCCUGGACGCGAUAUGGCGCUUCCAAGGCUGCAAAUAUUCUCUUCGCCGCGGAACUAGCGCGAAGAUAUCCUUCGCUGACAUCGGUCUCGUUGCAUCCAGGCGCCAUCCAAACAGAUUUGUACUUACCUAACAAGCGGACUAGCUUCGUUCUCCGUUGGUUUAUGGCGAUAUUUGGAAACUUGUUGUUUCAUUCCCCACAGUUUGGUGCAUUGACCCAGCUGUAUCUCGCCAGCGGAGCCAAGAAAGAGCAAUUGAGGAAUGGGGGAUUCUAUACCCCAGUGGGCGUUCUCAACAACAACAAUAAAUGGGCGAACGAGAAAACAUGGGGCAAGGCACUCUGGGAGUGGACCGAAGAUCAGCUGGAGAGCAAAGGAUACUAA